UCAGUUAGUGCGCGGAGCUCAAGCGCGUCGGUUAACAGCAAAAUACUCGGUGGCAGUUUUAAACGGGAAACCGUUAAAUGUGUACAAGUAAUAAAAUAGUGGUGAAAUAAUAAAUAAGAAAAGAAAGAUACAUUUUUGUUUUUGGAAUAGAUAAAGAGAUUUUACACGUUGUUACUAUAGCAAGACGAAGAUCGGUACGGGUGCUGCAUUUGCUGAACAAAUAAACAAUAUAAAUUUAAUCAAACCAUUAAUAUUGGCCGUAGCAUAGACAACGAACGUUUGACACUGAGCAGGUUUGGUCGAUAAUUAACAAACACCAUCAUGGCCAGCAAUUCUCAUCCUAUGGAUGAGUUUUGUGGUUCAAAAUUCUGGAAUUCAAACGAAACAUGGUAUACGCCGGAUCCAGAUUUUUCACCUUGCUUCGAACAGACCGUACUAGUUUGGGCACCAUGUGCCUUCCUUUGGGUAUUUAGUAUAUUUGAUUUUUACUAUCUGAAGGCCAGUUUAGAUAAGAAUAUACCAUGGAAUAAGCUAAAUAUAAGUAAACUACUGCUGACCUUGUGUCUGCUGGUGCUGACAGCCGUCGAUUUUAUAAUGGCUUUGGUUAAUAAAGGCAACGAUGAUACGGCAGAUCUUAUCUAUCCUGUAGAGAUAUGGACACCAGUGAUUAAAUUUGCAACAUUUAUACUCAUUCUAAUCUUUAUUCCACUGAAUCGUAAAUAUGGUGUACAAACGUCAGGCUGUCAAUUCUUAUUUUGGUUCUUCUUGACCAUUCUCUCGAUAGCACGUUGCCGCACGGAGGUAAGAGGCGAAAAACUUCGCGCAGAUGCCAUUAAAGCUGAUCCAGAAGCUGAUUUUUCAUGGGAUGAAUACAAAUACAUCAGCUUCAUGAUCUACUUUGCGUUCAGUAUUGGCAUGUUAGUACUUAAUUGUUUCGCUGAUGCCAAACCACGUGUUACCAAAUACGAACGUUCAGAUAAUGAAAUACCUGAAACUUCAGCCAGUUUCUUGUCACGCAUCACGUAUCAAUGGUUUGAUGGUAUGGCCUGGCGUGGUUAUCGCAAUCCAUUGGAAGAGAAAGAUCUAUGGGAUCUUAAUCCACAGGAUAGCUGUAAAGAGGUCAUGCCCAUAUUUGCGUACUAUUGGAAUAAAAAUGUGCGUAAAUAUUUUAAGGUGGAACCGAAUCAACCUAAAGUACAGUAUAGCAAAGACAAGGUAACGUUUGAAAAUCCUCAUGGCCCCAAAACGGGUAAAAAGCAGGGCACGGUUUCAAUUAUGCCACCCAUUGUUAAAUCAUUUGGCGGUGUCUUCUUAUUUGGUUCUAUGAUGAAACUAUUCACCGAUAUCCUGACAUUUGCCCAGCCCCAAGUAUUGCGUUUAAUUAUUGGUUUCGUGGAAGACUCAGCCAAGGAAGGUGAAAAUCAACCCGAAUGGAAGGGUAUUUUCUAUGCUGUUUUACUUUUCAUAUUGGCCGCAGUACAAACUAUUAUUUUGGGUCAAUAUUUCCAUCGCAUGUUCAUUGUGGGUCUACGUAUUCGUACCGCCUUGAUUAAUGCCAUUUAUCGUAAGGCUUUGGUAAUUUCGAAUGCCACCCGUAAAGAAUCAACUGUGGGUGAAAUUGUCAAUUUAAUGGCUGUGGAUGCUCAACGUUUUAUGGAUUUAACCACAUAUUUGAAUAUGUUGUGGUCGGCACCAUUACAAAUUGGUUUGGCUUUGUAUUUCUUGUGGCAAUUGUUGGGUCCCUCAGUGUUGGCCGGUCUUGCUGUGAUGAUUAUUUUAAUUCCCGUCAACGGUGUUAUUGCCAAUCGCAUUAAAACGUAUCAAAUACGUCAAAUGAAGUACAAGGAUGAACGUGUCAAGUUGAUGAAUGAAGUUUUGAGCGGUAUUAAGGUCUUAAAAUUAUACGCCUGGGAGCCCAGUUUUGAAAAACAAGUUUUGGAAAUUCGUGAGAAAGAAAUUGCAACAUUAAAAUCAACCGCCUACUUAAAUGCCAGUACAUCAUUCUUAUGGUCUUGUGCACCAUUUUUGGUCUCAUUGGUCACAUUUGCCACUUAUGUAUUAAUUGAUGAAAAUAAUGUACUCGAUGCCACUAAAACAUUCGUAUCAUUAUCAUUAUUUAAUAUUUUACGUUUUCCAUUAACUAUGUUACCCAUGUUGAUUUCAAAUAUGGUUCAAACUCAAGUUUCGGUGAAUCGUAUUAACAAAUUCAUGAACAGCGAAGAGUUAGAUCCCAAUAAUGUACAACAUGAUCCCAAAAAACCCAAUCCCAUGUCCAUUGUCAAUGGUUCAUUUUCUUGGGGCGAUGGUGAUGUUACAUUGAAGAACAUCAAUAUGGAAGUGAAAAAGAAUACUUUAUGCGCCAUUGUGGGCACUGUAGGCUCGGGUAAAUCUUCUGUGAUACAGGCAUUCUUGGGAGAAAUGGAAAAGAUUUCGGGUUCUGUUAAUACAGUUGGCUCUAUUGCCUAUGUGCCGCAACAGGCCUGGAUACAAAAUGCCACUUUGAGAGAAAAUAUUCUCUUUGGCCGAGACUAUGAUCGUAAGCGUUACAAUCGUGUGAUUGAUGCAUGUGCCUUAAGAGCUGAUAUUGAUAUGCUGUCGGCUGGUGAUCAAACAGAAAUAGGUGAAAAGGGUAUCAAUUUGUCGGGUGGUCAGAAACAACGUAUUUCCUUGGCCAGAGCUGUGUACAGUGAUGCUGAUCUGUUCUUUUUGGAUGAUCCCCUUAGUGCCGUCGAUUCGCAUGUGGGCAAACAUAUUUUCGAGGAGGUUGUUGGACCCAAGGGUCUAUUGGCCAAGAAGACGAGAAUUUUGGUUACCCAUGGUAUUACAUUCUUGCCACAGACCGAUAAUAUUUAUGUCAUGAAAUUGGGUGAAAUUAGUGAAGAUGGCACCUACCAGGAAUUGCUGAAUAAAAAGGGUGAUUUCUCCGAUUUCCUUUUGCAACAUAUACAAGAGGGUAACGAAGAAGUUGAAGACUUGGAUGUUAUUAAACAACAAUUGGAGGGCACUCUACAAUCGGACGAACUUAAAGGCAAAUUUGAGAAAGUCAUUAAAUUGGCUAGAACGGAAAGUUUAUCGGAUUCUGUUUCUGUGCGUUCCUUUGAAAGCGGCAGGAGUAGUUUAAGACGCCGCCGCAUUGAUAGACAAGACUCUCAGACAUCUAUGAUAUCGGCCACAUCAAAGACGAAAUUGCAAAUUGAAGAACAAGGCAAACUUAUUGAAACUGAAAAAUCGCAAACGGGAGGUGUUGAAUUUGCUGUGUACAAACAUUACAUUAAAAGUGUGGGCAUUUUCCUAUCCAUGGCUACUUUAAUUUUGAACUUUGUAUUCCAAGCCUUCCAAAUCGGUUCAAAUCUGUGGUUGACCAAAUGGUCAAACGACCAACAGGUGGCCAACGAUACCGGUCUAAGAGAUAUGUACUUGGGUGUUUAUGGUGCAUUCGGUUUUGGACAAGCUUUUUUCUCAUAUGGUGUUGCCAUAGUACCCUGGCUUGGUGCCUUACGAGCUGCCCUCGUACUGCAUUCCUCAUUAUUGACAAAUAUUAUGCGUCUACCGUUGAGUUUUUUCGAUACCACACCAUUGGGUCGUAUCUUAUCACGUUUCUCAAAAGAUCUUGAGUCAUUAGACACAGUAUUGCCACGUCUAUUUGAUGAUAUGCUUUGGUGUGGUUUUGAGGUUUUAGCCACCAUUGUUGUAAUUAGUAUAUCCACACCGAUUUUCUUGGCUGUGAUUAUUCCCAUCGCAUUUUUGUACUACUUUGCCCAGCGUUUCUAUGUGGCAACAUCGCGUCAAUUGAUGCGUUUGGAGUCGGUGUCCAGAUCUCCAAUUUAUUCGCAUUUCGGAGAAACAGUUACGGGAGUUUCGACUAUAAGAGCUUAUUCGGUGCAACAUAGAUUUAUCGAUGAAUCCGACACCAAAGUGGAUAAAAAUCAAGUCUGCAAAUAUCCCUCACUCAUUGCCAAUCGUUGGUUGGCCAUACGCCUUGAAAUGGUUGGUAAUCUCAUCAUUCUCUUUGCCUCAUUGUUUGCCGUCUUGGGCGGUCAAACGAAUCCCGGUCUGGUAGGUCUCUCCGUAAGUUAUGCCCUGCAAGUAACACAAACAUUGAAUUGGUUGGUGCGCAUGUCCUCGGACAUUGAAACCAAUAUUGUGGCAGUAGAACGUAUUAAGGAGUAUGGUGAAACUAAACAAGAAGCACCUUGGGAAUUGGAAAAUUCGAGAGUACCCAAAGAUUGGCCCCUGGAAGGUCAAGUGGUAUUUGAUAACUUCAAAGUGCGCUAUCGUGAGGGUUUGGAUUUGGUAUUGCGCGGCAUUAGCUUUAAGAUAGCAGGAGGAGAAAAAGUUGGUAUCGUGGGACGUACAGGUGCUGGUAAAUCUAGUUUGACCCUGUCCUUGUUUCGUAUCAUUGAAGCUGCUAGUGGCCGCAUUCUUAUCGAUGACAUUGAUAUUGCCACUUUGGGCUUGCAUAUGUUGCGCUCCCGCUUAACUAUUAUUCCCCAAGAUCCUGUACUUUUCUCCGGUUCAUUGCGUAUCAAUUUGGAUCCCUUCGAGGUUAAGAGUGAUGCUGAAAUUUGGAAAGCUUUGGAAUUGUCUCAUUUGAAGGUAUUCGUUAAAUCACUACCAGCCGGUUUGAAUCACGAAAUUUCGGAAGGUGGCGACAAUUUGUCGGUGGGCCAACGUCAGUUGGUGUGUUUGGCACGUGCCUUAUUGCGUAAAACGAAAGUAUUAGUGUUGGAUGAAGCCACAGCUGCUGUAGAUUUAGAAACUGAUGAUUUAAUUCAGAAAACCAUACGUUCCGAAUUCAAGGAUUGCACUGUCUUAACUAUUGCCCAUCGUUUGAAUACGAUUUUGGACUCCGACAAAGUCAUUGUUUUGGAUAAGGGUGAAAUUUCUGAAUUCGAUUCACCCGAAAAUCUAUUAAACAACUCACAAUCUGCCUUCUAUAGUAUGGCCAAGGAUGCCAAUUUAGUGUAAUUUUUAUUUACUUCUUCUUUUAUAUAUUUUUUUUGUAUUUUAUUUAUUAUUUACUUAAAAAAAUCCCCUGCUAACAGAAAAAUCCCAUUGAAAAACAACCCGCAAUACACAAAAGCAUGCCAAAAGUUUAAUUUUACAAAAAAACACUGAACAAACAUUUUAAGCUAAUUAAUUAUUUUAAAUAUUUUAUGUUAAAGUUGAAACAAAGAAGAAUGCAUUAGAAUUGCCAGGAUGUAAUUUGUUUAAGUUGAAGGUUUUGCUGAGUCAUGAAUUUAUGUUUAUUUUUAUGUUUUUGUUUAGUUUAAAUUUUACUUACUAAUGUUUGCUAAACCUUCAUGUUGCUAAGUUUAGUUACAUUUGAAUUUCUAUACAGGAAUGUAUUUUUGAAAAGUUUUGUUUUGAACAUUUUUAGUUUGUUUCUUUUAGUUAAGGAUUUAGCUAAAGCAGAGUAUUUUUUUUGUGAUGAAUAUUGUAAUAAUUGUAGCAAUAAAUUACAACUGCCUUAAAUAUUAAGUACUUAAUUUUUAUAAUUUCUUUUUUUUUGUUUUUAAACAAAUAUUUUUUUUAUAUUUAAUAUAUAUGUAUAUUAAAUUAAAGAAAAAUACUCUAUUUUACUAAAUCCUUAAGCUAUUAUUUUUAAUAAAAGGGGAUGAAACGCAAAAUUUCGAUAAAAAAAAUAAUUUGGUUCCUCCCAAAUAUUUUUAAGUUUGUAAAAGGUUUAUGAAACAAAAUUUCCAUAAAAAUUUGUUUUAUAAUGCUUUUACAAAAUAAAAAUUUCAUUAUGAGAAACUCCUAUUAUAAUGGGAGUAAUUGAGUUAAUCAGGCCUGUCACAGAAUUCGAUUCCGAUCGAAAGUGGAAUUAAUUCCGCAUUUUGCUUCUUCAGAAAAAGUAAAACAAAAAUUUCAUUAUAUUUAUUUGUUUUCCUAAAAAUUUUAAUCAAUUUCUGUACCAAAAACUUUACUUUUUUUUAAUAUUAAAAACGUUGUCAUAUUAAAAUCAGAAAUACAGAAUUAUUAAAUAUUUUUUGAAUUAAUAAGUUACAUGGAAUCUGAAGAUCCCAAAUAAAAACUACGGAAUUGAAACCAUUCCGAACAAAAUGUGUGACAGGCCUAAAUAUUGUAUUUUGCUUUUUGUUUAAUUUAUUCAUAAAGAGCUUUACUUCACACAUCUUUUUACUUUACUUUAAAAGAAAUUGUUCCUAACACUUAGCAACUUAUCUUACAAUUUUGUUUGAACAUUUUCCUUAAAGUUAAGUAAAGUAAAUUUUUUCUUUUUUAAAAAUUUUUAAAAAAAUAUUUUAUUAAUUUUUCAUUUUAUUUUUUGUUUUAAAGUCGUAAACGUUUAACCGGAACUUCUGAAAGUACAGUAUAAUCUUUAAUUAAUACAAUAUACAACAAGUUAAAUCAGUUUUAAUUUCAAAACCAUAAAAUUAUUGUUAAACUAUAGACAAAUUAUUGUUAAAAAAUGAAUAGCAGAUGAAAUAAAAAUGUUAGCUUAAAUGUUUGUAAAUGCUACCUCAAUAUAUAAGUAUGUAAAAUAUUGUUGUAUACAUGCUGGUAUGUAUACUAAUGGACAAAUAUGAACUUAAAACUAGAAAUUGGAAAUGUAACCAAAUCGAAAACGUGUAAUUACAUGUAAUGCAUUUUUAAAUAUAUAAAAUUUAAAUACAAAAUGCCUUUUUUCGUCAGAAACUACAGAUCUUAAUAAAACAUAUGUUAAAUUAAAAUUUAUUGAAAUCUUAGAGUUGUAGUUAAACUGGCAAGAGAACAAAAUCAUUAAUUUUAAUAAUAAAAUCACAAGAUAGUGUUAAUUACACAGCAAUUGGUGUAUUUCAAGCUUGACAAACUGUUUGUAAUUGUUAGGCAGUUGCUUUUUAACUAACAUUCUCCCUGUUCUGUAUCAAAUUCGAUUAACGAUUUCGUUUUAAAAGCAAUUCACAUAUUAUGGUUCUCUGUAAAUCGAAUCCACAUAAUUUACUUAUAAACAAUCCUGUUUCAAAGUAAAAAAUCGUACGAUUUGCAGAACAUCUAUUUCUCAUUUUUUCGUUUUUGAAAUCACUCGAUUUCCGGAACAGGGUAGACUAUCUUGUUAAAUUCAUCGUUAAAAUGAGCGACACAAAAAAACUUUACAGGGAUUUUAUUUAAUACAAUUUCAAAAUUAGCAAUAACUUUAAAACAUUUACUAAAGAUUUGGUUACAACAAAACAAAUUCCAAUAUUUCAAAAAACCUAAACUAAUAAUGUGUAUAAAUUGGUGUUGUUUUUUUUAAAAAAAAUUCUAAAAAAACAAAAACUUAAAAAUGUAGUUAAUUAAAAAUAAAAAUAGUUGGAAAACUAUUAAAAACUUUUACUUAAACUAAAUUUAAAACAAAUUUACUUAAAACGAGAUCUUAAAAAACAAAAAAAAAAAAAAUAAUGGAAAUACUUAACUAACUCAUUUUUAUAUGUAUAAAACUUAUUACUAACGCAAAAACCGAAAAAUACUUAAUUUUUUUCUAGCUAAGAAUAUAAUUCAACAAAUUUAUUUAGUAAAAAUAAACAAACUUUAUAUAAAUGUAUAUUUUUAUAAAAAGUAAUGUAACUUAAUUGCAACAGGAAAAAAACAACAAAACUAAUACCAAUUUUUUUAAGCCUCCAUAUGUGUAAUAAUAAACCUCCGUCUUUAAUUAGUUUUUGUUUAAUUUCUUUUUCAUUUAAAAAGUGUUAAAUAUUAAAAAAUAAAAAACAAUGUUAAACGAUUAAAACCAAAACUUUAAAACUACACUCUGUGUUCAUUCAGCUCUAAAUUUAGUGUAAUUGUUUUUUUUAUAAAUUUUAUUAUUCUAAUCUAAACUAAAGAAUCAAAAAAGAACACAAACCUAAAAAUGCAAUAAAUCCGUAUAUAAAACAACACAUUGGUUAUUUUAAUAGUUUUUUUUUUAAAUAUAUUAUUUAGUUAAGCAGUUAUUUAAGUACUUUUGAAUGAUCAAUUCUAUUUUUAUUUUGUAAUAAUGAAAAAUUUACAAAUAAACAUAAUAUGAAAUGAA